UUGCCGCCCCAAGACCUGCGCCUGCGCCUGACAGAUGGGCGGGGCCCAUGCGAAGGCCGCGUGGAGGUCCAGCACCAGGGAGUGUGGGGCACGGUGUGUGACGAUCACUGGAACAUCAAGAAUGCCCGGGUCGUGUGCCGCCUUCUGGGCUGUGGCCAGGCGCUGGGCGCCCCAGGGCACAGCCACUUCGGCCCGGGCUCAGGGCCCAUCCUGCUGGACGACGUGCGCUGUGUGGGCAACGAGGAUGCACUGGAGUCCUGCACCCACGCGGGUUGGGCUCGCCACAACUGCCGCCACGGGGAGGAUGCAAGCGUGGUCUGCGCAGCCCAGCUUUCCUGCCUGCCUAACCACUUCCAAGCCACCAUUGACCGAGGUUAUCUCUGGAGGUUGGGCUACUCCUCCUGGGACAUCCACUUAAAUGAUGAGCUGUGUCGCCCCCAAGUCACAGGGCGCUACCUGAUCUUCAACAUUCCUUAUGGCCGCUGUGGUACUGUGUGGCAGGAACACCUCGGCUCCCACAGCUACUCCAACUCUGUUAGAGGCCGAAUACGUGGCCACCCUGGCCGAGUCAUUGUGCGGCACAAGGUGCCUCAGCUGAAGUUCACCUGCAGGGUGGACCGGCCCUCAGCAGGUGAAACUGUGCAUGGGGCUGAUGCCCCAAGCGAGGGGGCUGGCUAUGAUGUGUCCAUAACGUUCCUUGAGUCACCCACGUCCCAUCAUAGGAGAGGCAUGAGACCACACUAUGCCACCCAGAGGAAAGAGGUCUUCCUCCAAGCCACUGUCCACAGCCACGAUCCCAACCUGAUGGUGUUUGUGGACACCUGUAUAGCUUCCCCAGAUCCCCGGGAUUUUACAACUGUCAAGUACGAGUUGAUCCACCAUGGAUGCAUCAAAGACAAUACCUAUGUCAACCUCCACUCCCGCCACAAGAACGUGGCCCAGUUCAAGUUCAACCCCUUCAGCUUUCUCGACAGCUAUGAUGUGGUCUAUCUGCAAUGUGAGAUCGCCGUCUGCAAAGUAGGCCACUCCUCCUCCCGCUGCGCACUUGGCUGUGCAGGACGGAGUAAGAGGGGUGCAGGCCCCUUGGCCACCAAGGAAGAGCAGACUGAGCGUCUCCACAUGGUGGGGCCCCUGGAGAUCCAUAAAGGAACCGCUCAGAGUGAGACCCUUGUGUGA